AUGUAUAGUCGUAAGGUGAAGCCUGUCAAUAUAGUGCCCAAAGUUGAAAAGAAGGUUGAGGAAGUUGAAGUGUUUGUGGUUACCCUGUUGGAAGAUUUAGACAAAAAGGAGCACGAUAAUCCUGAUAACAAAAACCCGCCGCAUAAAGAAAAAUUCCGACUAGAUAUUGAACCUAAAAAGGAUAAUGGAAAAACAAUCAUCCAUCGUCAAAAAUCAGUCGAAAUUGGACGUGGUGAGGAAUUCACUGGCCCCCAAGAGUCUGCUGUUGUAGACUGUGCUGAUAGAAGAACCGACUCUAAACCCUGCUCACCAAAUGGGAUUGGUAGUGAAAAAGAGGAGCCCAAAGCAUUUGAAUGGUACCUGAACGAAGCUGGAAAUAACAAUUCGGGAGAAACCCCCGAAGAAGCCCAAAAGGCUGAUACUGUUAAAGUAAUGGAAUACGCCAAAUUAAGCAAGCAAUGGCGUCAAAAAUUAAAAUAUAAUGGCACUAUAAAACAAUAUGGAGAUUUGUUCCAUAUUUUAUACUCACCCGACGAUUGGAAAUCACCUCGCCGCCCAAUAGCAAAUAGUCCUAACGAACAAUCCCUAUUACGAGACGGGAUUAUCGAUGGGGCGCGACAAGGAAUUAUUAGGCGGGAACUUUUGAGAGAAUUUGGAAAUUGGACUGUGUACGAAAAAGAAGUUAAUUCUGAAAAUGGUAC